UAUUUCGUCCUUUCUGAAUUAAAUGGCGGACCGCAAAAUUUUGUAAUUCAAAAACGAGUGUUUAUUUCUGUGUAUUUUUAUGAACAUUUUAUUACAAACAUAAUUUAUCAUGGAGAUUACUCGUACUACGCUCGGGAUAGCUGCUGGUUUAGCUGGAACACUCUUCCUAGGCUAUUGUGUUUAUUUUGACCAACAACGACGUAAAGAUCCAUUUUUCAAAAAGAAGUUGAGGGAACGUCGCGAAAAAGCCCAUCAGAACAGUUCCCGAUCUCGUAACCUUAACGGGCCCUUACCUGAUAUGAACGACCAUGAGGCCAUGCAAAGAUUUUUCUUGAGAGAGAUUCAACUCGGUGAGGAGUUAUUGGCGGCCGGUGAUUUAGAAGCUGGUGUUGAGCAUCUCGGACAAGCUGUGGCGGUUUGCGGACAGACACAGCAGUUACUUAGUGUCCUGCAACAAACGAUGCCGGCUAACAUCUUCCACCUUCUAUUGAAGAAGCUUCCGGAAGUGUCAGAACGUCUCCGAGCUUCAAUGAAAGCCAGCGGGAACGGAUUACAUGAAGAAGAUGUGGAAUGAACAGCCUUAUAGCAUCUGAUUUAUGAAUCGGAAUUAAUGAUUAGUUUAAAUAAAUGAUUUACCAAAUAAA